AUGUCUAUUAAAGAUAAUUCAACAUUCAAACUUCUAAAGAAAGAACACCAAAAAUCUAUAAAAACUGAACACCGGGUCUCCAAUGUACAGACCUAUUUAGAGUGUGACAUUAUACCGAAAGGCUUUCAGAUAAAUGUUACACCUAACAUAGGGCCAAUCUCCAAACGCUUCCAGGAACGCUGGGACGUUAUUACAAGGAGAUGUUCUAAACAAUUGAUGUCACUCUGUCUUUCUUGGGAUAUCCACAAGUUAGGACAAUUGAAGAGUGAGAUCAAGUCCUUAGAAUCAUCCCUCAACGAUAUCAUGUCCCAGGCCGAUCUUGACGAAGCCCAUAAUAUUAUAGACACCUAUAAUAUGGCCCUAACAAACAAAGUCAACAAGACUCAAAAAAAGAAAUUUCUCCGCGACAGUGUUCCACAGUCUAGGAACAACUGGUCAGAGGUCAGAGUUAACAAAACACGUAAACCCCGCUCGAGACGCUUCAAACGCAUUAAGACAAUCGCGAGGGACGGACCCAUACAAACUCCUGACGUCUGCCCAGUGCUCAGUACAUCUAGUGCUCCUCUCUCCGAAUCGGAGACCUCACUUCUCUCAAAGGGGCUAAAUUUCUGCCCCACGCUACAUGAGGUCGACGAAAAACAAGUCAGAGAGGACACCCGAGCAUUCUUCCGGAGACUUCGUUUGAAGGAGCACUUCUCUAGAAAAGACUUCGCAAAUUCAUACGACUCUUCCAAGCCAGAUUUACACGACCUAGAGGAACACAAACUCUAUAAGCCCAAGAGUGCACCGGGCAAGUGCGGCGCGCUUGAGUCGUAUAUUGACGCCGUUGAAUCAGACAUAGAAAAGCUCCUUUCAAUGCCAGACAAAACUCCCGACAAUUUGAGUAAGGAGGAGAGAUCUGCCUUACAAUCAUUUAAAAAUCGGGAUGACAUUGUAAUUAAGAAAGCAGACAAAGGCUCUACAGUUGUAGUAAUGGAUACAGAGACUUACAUGGCGGAGGCCCAAAGACAACUCUCAGACGAACGUUUCUAUAAGAAACUGGACUCUGACCCUACUAAAGAAUUCUCCACCACCAUUACCAAAACUCUUGACGAUAUGUUUGAGAAAAAUGAGAUUGGUAUCAACGUCUAUGAGACCUUAAAUCCUAUUGACUGUAGAACAGGACAAUUCUAUCUGCUUCCUAAAAUACAAAAAGAAGGCAUGCCAGGUCCACCCAUAGUCAGCGCAAUAGGACACCCCACGGAGAAAAUUUCUGAAUUCAUUGAUUUACAUCUCCGUCCACACGUAGAAAGUUUGCCAUCCUAUCUUAAGGACACUACGGACUACAUUAACAAGACGCCCUCUACUGGCCUCCCAGAUCAUACUCUCCUCGUGACUAUGGACGUCACAUCUUUGUACACAAAUAUUCCGCACGAUGAGGGUAUCGACGCCUGUAGAGAAGUCUGGGAUAGUAGAUCCAUACAAGUUCCUUCUACCGAGUCCCUUGCUAAGCUCCUUGAACAUGUUCUCAAAGCAAGGGCAUAA